AUGACGCAUACGACAACAGCAUUCCGCCACGUGAGCCAGUACGAGCACCGAGACCUGAGACGGAGCGAUGUGAUUGGUGCAGCGGCCCAGUGGCCCCAGCGGAAACGCCAAGGUGUUCCGGAGCGCGGAGACUUGGCGUCUCCUGAGGCAAAAAUCCUGAGGAUUGGCCCGCCUCGGAUGGCCUGCAUCCCAGGGUGUCUGUCCGGUGGCCUUGGCGUGCUGCUGCGCGGGGGUCUGAGGGCCACUCGCUGGCUCAACUUUAAAUGCAGCCGUCGCUGUCCUCGGAGACCUGCCCCAAUUCCCCCGCCGGUAAUGGAUCCUAUUCCCAGUAUCCCCCCCUCCCAUGCGACCAUCCCCACCAACUUUCCCCUGCUGAUGCUGAUGCUGAUGCUGUUUGGAGGCUGUCGUGAGGAUAUCGUGUUGUACCAUCAUCGUCGACGAGCAACUGCCAGACGCAGUAGCGAACUCCGCAACCUCACCGAUGGCGGCAUAAUGCGGCAGGUAUCGGUCGAUCGAUGGCUGGACGAGCAGACACACGCGAGCUGCGAGGACCGGCUAUACGCUCAGGAAUCCUGCGUCCCAAGAUACCCUUCCUUUUCCCGAGCCGGCCUGGGUCGCACCAUCACCCCACGACGAACCCAGCCUGCAUGA